GUAGAAAAAGUGCAUCAGGCACGUUUAAGUUUUAUCCUGGCAUCUGUAGAUUUUGGACAUUUCACACAGAAGUAGGCCUACAACUUGAGGUCAACAAAAGAGUUAUCCGACUGCUUUUUAACUUUGGUUAAAACUAAAAAAAAAAAAUAGUCAGGCUUAUACAACACCAGCCAUUCCUAUUGGCUGUUGCACGAAAACAGAAAGCAAGAAGAACGCCUUCAAAAUUUAAAUCGCUCGGGGGAGUAGAAAAUGUUUUAUUUCUCACCGACAGAACACCUCCAGUCCACUUUCUACUGCUUCGCUCGUGUAACGGCGCACUUAAAAUAAUUCCGACGUUGUCUGCGGGCCCUGAAGGCGUCCGACACACAGCUCUCCUGUUGCUCUGAGAGGAGGCAGGCCGGUGAUUUUCCACUGCCGCUCAAGUCUCUGGUCCCCCUGUUUUAAGAGACAAAGGUCAGAAAGAGAGGCUUAUAAGCAGGCUAAAAUAUAGCCUACCGACGCAUCCAGCCCUCAGUCGCUCUCACGGACACAGGAGGACACGGACAAGACGAAACAAGGGACGGCGCUCAAAGGACAUUAAAAGGACAAAAUAGGCUAAUAUACAAAAUCACAUCAACAGAACAGGUGAAGCAAGCAAGGUAGGCCAUGUCCUUCUCCCCAGGCCCGUCCUCAAGCUCUUACUGGGGCAUGCUGAGGUGUUCCCGGUUCAGAUGGGAUUAGUAAUCCCUCCAGCGUGUUCAGGGUCUGCCACAGAGUCUCCACCCAGUUGACCGGCCUGGAACACCUCCACAGGGAAGCGUCCAAAAAGCAUCUGAAUCAGAUGCCCGAACCACCUCAGAUGACUCCUUUCAACGCAAAGGAGCAGCGGUUCUUCUCCGGACGUCUGAGUUCCUCACCCUGUCUCUAAGGAAUGGCUCAAAAAGAGAAACUUCAGUGCCUAAAGGAUUUCCAUAAGGACACUCUGAAGCCAUCACCUGGUAAGAGCCCUGGCACCCGGCCUGAAGACGAGGCAGAGGGCAAACACCCCCAGCGGGAGAAGUGGGCCAGCAAGUUGGACUUUGUUCUGUCUGUGGCUGGCGGCUUUGUUGGUUUAGGGAAUGUCUGGCGUUUCCCGUACCUCUGCUAUAAGAAUGGUGGAGGUGCAUUUCUCAUCCCCUACUUCAUUUUCCUGUUUGGCGGAGGUCUGCCGGUCUUCUUCCUGGAGGUUGCCUUGGGUCAGUUCACCUCUGAGGGUGGCAUCACCUGCUGGGAGAAGCUCUGCCCCAUCUUUACUGGUAUUGGUUACGCCUCCAUUGUGAUCGUGUCCCUGCUGAAUAUCUACUACAUCGUCAUCCUGGCCUGGGGCCUCUACUACCUUUUCCAGUGUUUUCAGCCGGAGCUGCCCUGGGCCAAGUGCAAUCAGCCCUGGAACACCGAUCGCUGCAUCGAGGACACCUACCGCAAGAACAAAUCCCUUUGGCUGGCUGCUAACGCCUCCAACUUCACCUCCCCCGUCACUGAGUUCUGGGAACAUAAUGUGUUGGGUAUCACCAAUGGUAUAGAGGACAUUGGUCCUGUUAAAUGGGACCUGGCUCUGUGUUUACUGCUCGUCUGGGUCAUCUGCUUCUUCUGCAUCUGGAAGGGAGUCAAGUCCACUGGCAAGGUGGUCUACAUCACAGCCACGUUCCCAUUUGUCAUGCUCAUCGUGCUGUUGAUUCGUGGUGUGACACUGCCGGGUGCUAGCGAGGGCAUCAAGUUCUACCUGUACCCUGACCUUGCUCGCCUGAAGGACCCAGAGGUGUGGAUUGAUGCUGGCACCCAGAUCUUCUUCUCCUAUGCGAUCUGUUUGGGCGCCAUGACGUCCUUGGGGAGCUACAACAAGUACAAAUACAACUGCUACAGGGACUGUUUGCUGCUGGGAGCCCUCAACAGUGGUACCAGCUUUGUGUCUGGCUUCGCAAUAUUUUCCGUCCUGGGCUUCAUGGCACAAGAGCAAGGGGUGGACAUUGCUGAUGUGGCAGAGUCAGGUCCAGGGCUGGCGUUCAUUGCCUAUCCCAAGGCUGUAACCAUGAUGCCUUUUCCUACAGCCUGGGCAAUCCUCUUCUUCAUUAUGCUGCUGCUGCUUGGCCUCGACAGUCAGUUUGUGGAGGUGGAAGGGCAGAUCACAUCACUGGUGGAUCUGUAUCCGUCCUUCCUAAGGAAGGGUUACCGCAGAGAGGUCUUCAUCGCUAUCCUCUGCUGCAUCAGCUACCUGCUUGGACUCACCAUGGUUACCAAGGGUGGCAUGUAUGUUUUCCAGCUGUUUGAUUUCUAUGCAGCUAGCGGUGUGUGCCUUCUGUGGGUGGCAUUCUUUGAAUGUAUAGCUGUUGCCUGGGUUUAUGGUGUUGAUAAUUUCUACGAUGCGCUUGAGGACAUGCUUGGUUACAGACCAAAUCCUUGGAUGAAAUGGAGCUGGACUGUUAUCACUCCUUUACUGUGCAUGGGCUGCUUUAUCUUCUCCUUGGUCAAAUACAAGCCAUUGAUGUACAACAAGGUCUACGAGUAUCCUGACUGGGCCAUCGGAAUAGGCUGGACUCUGGCCUUGGCCUCCAUGAUCUGCAUCCCCAUGGUGGUUGUCAUUAAGAUCAUCCGAUCUGAUGGACCACUCAUUGAGAGGAUUAAGGCAGUGGCUGCCCCGGUUCGCGGUGGGGCCAGCUCCCGUCCCGCAGACCACCGUGGCCUCAAGGAGCUCUCCUACCCGCUGGACCCCAAUGGGAACAAGGGCCUGUUGAUGAAGGCCCCCACCCACACCAUCGUAGAAACCAUGAUGUAAAGGAGUGAGGCGGAGGCUCUCCAUGAGAUCGCUCUCCUCUCCUCUCCUGCCCUCUAAAAUGCUUCUAAAGCUAGCUAGCUUUCUGUCUAUCUGUCUAUCUGUCUGUCUGGUGGACUGAUAAGGGUUUUAAGGAAAAGAAAAAAAAAGUUCCCGUUUCAAAUCUUUUAGGAAUACUUUGGAAGUAGUUUGGUCUUGGUGGUUUUCUUAAGAGAAUAGCAAUGACAUUUAAAAUGUAUUUCUGAAUUGCUCACAAGCUGUUUUUUCCUAUUUGUAAUAUUCAUGUGACUACACGUCCCACUAUUGUCUCAUUUAAAGGCAGAGUGGCAAAUUAGCACCAGCCUCUGGUCAUAUGCUGGUAGAUUUCUGUUUGUUCCACCAGCUACUUUCGCAGAAAACCAGCCAUUGUUCUAAAAAAGGAAGAAAGUGGUUAUUGAGUCUUGGAAUCAAACAGCCUUUUGUAGCCACAAUAUGAAAAAAGUUUCCUACAUUGAUCGCAGAUCACCAAAAGCAGGUUUUUUGGGCAGUUCUUGGAAUAUAUAACAGCUCUUUGCCUGUGAUACAAUGGACAGGAUGCACUUAUUUGAGGGUAUGUGCCAUAGGGUCCGACUUUGGCUUAUUCUGUUCCACUGUGUUCAGUAGAGGCCCAGUUUAGAUGAGAUCGAAACACUACAGAUACAACAUUAUUAACAAAAAAAAUCCAAUGUCAUACCCAUGUCACAAUUAGAGAUAGACAUGUAUAAAGUUGCAUGUCCCCCUUCAGUAAUCGGAGAUUCUGAAAAGCAUCUUGAUGUUGUUUCAGCUGCACUAGGCAAGAUUUUUAGUGAGAAAUAUGACCAAACGUACCAACCUAAAUUUCAAAAUGUGGCUGUCACAGUCCCAAUUCCACAAAUUUUACAUCCUGUAGACUGUGUUUUUUUUCUGUCCAAACUCUAUCUCUACCAACAAAACUGACAAGAAAAAUGACAAAUCAAAACUCAAGAGCAAAAAGCCAAAGCUGCAGCCACCAAAGAUAAAUGCUUCCUUUGCUUCCUCUGUUUUCCCCUAUAAUCAUAGACCAGCCAGGUUGGUAACUAUGAGCCACUAAUACACAAAAUUGCCUGGUGCAGCUAAAAAACAAAAAAAAACAAAAAAAACAGAAAAACAAAAAUGAGAAAUGUAUAAUUGACACAGCCAUGAUAACCGAUGACCCUUAUUAAACCAGGAUCCUGGUUCUUAAAUGCACCUUAGCACAAAUAAGCCCAUCUUCCAUAGCCAUAAACUAUGGGUCAAAAAGAAAACUAGCACUGAGACUGUGUCGGGGAAACCCGCUCCUGCACAAAGAGAGAGGUAUCUGAAAGGAUUUGAAGUGUGGAGGUUGAACCCUUGAGUGUGUUGUCUGUGGCGUACUGUACAAUAGUAGUUAAUCAGUAUCUAUAUCUAUCUCUCUAUCUAUCUUUCUCUGUCCUAGACCAGUUUACAGUACAUUAGUGACUGCACUAGGCACUCUUGGCUUACAAUUUUGGAUUGGAUUUAUUUUAUUUUCUACAGAGGAAGUUACAUUAUUAUUAGUUUUUCCUCUAUCAAUGUUUAGAUUUUUUUAUUAAGACUAUAAUGUUAUUGGUAUUCACUAUUGAUGAUAAUUGCUGUAGUUUUACAUAGAAGGAGCACUUUUUUCAUCUGGUGAAAAUACUAAGCUAUUACACAAAUCAUACAUUUACAAUGGUAGCCAUUGUAGUAAUAGUCCUCAUCAUACAUUACUCCUGCGUUGGUCCUGCCACAGUCCUGUGGUCUUUAGCAUCACACAAACAAACAAUGCAGCAGAUUUUUCCCAAAUAUUUUCUCUUGUCGGGGUGUGGGUCAAACGUUCAGCGAGCAGUUCAAUGUACGGUAAAAAAAUAAAGGGGGGAAUUUUACAAUGGCUCCAUCUGUAAAUUCGUAGUUGUAAAUACCAGGGGACAGUAUUUAAUUGGGAUAAAUUCAGCCAGACUUGGCACUGUAGCCAUUGGUUAAACAGCAUGUCACCAACUCAGUGACUCAAAGCAACCAUUGGUUGGUUGACAGUCCCAACAAAUCAGGCAGUGUCAGACUGUCAACUUGUCUGAGAGUCAAACUCUUUCCAGACACUGUGAAAUGUGGCAUCUGGCUGCAGACAAAUUAGAGCCAGUGUGUGACAGAGUUUGGCCAUGUUUUUUCCACGGCCACCAUGUUGCUUCACGUCAUCUAAAAUGAGAGCUGAAGAGCUCCAUGUCAAACAAGGAACCCCAACUGUUCUAAUAAGCAAUUAAAAGGUCAACAAAUGACCUGAUUGACAGUGCAAGUUUUAGAAUUUCUACACAUUGCAACUUAAACUCCUUGCAAGUUAGUGGGAAUUGGGUGUCUAUCAUCAUUUGGGAUUAUCAGAAUGAGUGUUGUGGCAUAGCGACAGUAAAUGAAAUGUGUAAAGUCAGACUUUGUGAGACUUCAAAAUGCUGCCUGGAAUUCAAAUUAAGCCUAACCAAAAACAAAAAUGAAGAGUCAACAGUCAACUUCUGAUCGAAUAUACUUUUAAUUAAUGAAAGCUGUGAAAGUGGGCACUGUAUAAGAAAAUGACACUGGUAAAUUGUGGCCUACACCCCUAAAACCUGCACUUAACAUAUAUGUUAAUCUAUUUAGAGCCUUAACUUCAUCAAUAUUAUGGCUGUCUAAAGACAUUUUAAAUGAGUUGAUCUGAAUCAUUAACAACUGAAAGCAGACUAUCUAAGAAGUAUGACAGUUACAACUGUUACAAUCAUUUUCAUAUGUCUGUGUAACAAGGGGUAUCCCCUGUGUAUGUGUCACCAGCGACCAUCCACUCAGGACCUUCUCUGUAGUGCAUUUAUCUACUGUCUAGCUGCAUUAGACUUGUAACUGUAGGUGACAAAGAGCCGACAUCUAAUGGUAGCAAUCAAAAUUGAUGUUUUUGUCCAUCCUAAAAGGCCAUUGGUUCAGUUCUUUGCUACACAGAAUGGAAAAUCGCACACCUUAACUGCCUAUUUUAUCCACAAUCAAAGGCAGAAAUACAGAGAGUGAGUCAAAGUGAGUUUUUAUUGCACUUUAUUUGUAUAAUUUGGACUUCAUAUCAAAUGAUGAGGCCAAAAAAACACUGCCAUCUUUUUAUUCAGGGUCCUCACUGGCCUCCAUAGUAAACAAUAAAAUAAAAUUUUUUAAAAUUGAAUACCGUCAAAACAUGCAAAGUGCUUCUGUUCUCCCAAAAGCAGACAUAUUAAAAUAGAUCAAAAAGUUAAUAAGCCAGUCCUUCAAAUCAAAUAUACAGUUAUACAGUACACAUGCAUUGCAAGAAUUUCAGCACCAAUAUCACAUCAGAAGUGAUCGUGACACCAGGUCCUCAUUUCAUAUUUCAUCUAAGCUUUGAUCAUUUUUUUUGUCAGUUUAUUUCAUUUCUUCAAAUAGAAUAAAGAAGUUCAUAUCAUUAAAAGGGAUUUGUGAAACCAAAUCCACAGCAGACAUCUAUUUUCAUACUGUAACAAACUUUUCCUAUACAAGUCGUCUUUGUACAGCUAAGCUCCCAUUGCAGACCUCCCAUUUUAAUACAGAUACAAAGCUUCAUUUUAAUCUUAAACUUUUGUACAGAUCUGGUUCUUGAUUUCCCUGAAGGAUCUUUGCACUUAAGAAAAAGCAUUAAUGCUGAAAGGAAAGAUCUGUCAGCGCCUUCCAGUAAGAACAACAGCAUCAGAAACCAUUAAAUAACAUACAAAAUUAUUUAUGACAUUUUGAAAACAAACAUUGCACAGAGCACUUAUGGGCAGUUAACAAUUCUGUCUUACCUUUUAAUUUUGUCUACACAGGCUUUCAGCUUUGGUGCAUCUAUGACAUUUCAAAAUUUCUGGGUUGAUCAUUUCUAAGAUGCACUGUUCCCACAGCAAUUGUGGGAACUUCAAGAAAUAGCUGUCAAUGGCAAUGUUGAAAAUUUAACAUCUGUUGCAAAGAGUAAAACCACAGACACAAAAAUAAGUUUGGGGCAUGUAAAUAUACACUUUCAUAACUGAAUAAAAUUGUUUGCUAGUGCUAAGAUCCUUCUUUUGGUGGGGAAACAUGGACCAGAAAUAAUAACUAAUGCAGUCAUUUAUUGGUUUAUUCUGCCUCUGUGUGUAUAUUUACAGUAUGUACCUGUCCCUCUGCCUUCAUACACUCCCUGUCAGUUAGCCUACGUAAACCUUCCGUUAACCUAAGCUAACCCAUUUUUCUCAGAGAUGAUGCAUUUGCAAGAGAAUCGAAGCAUUAGCGAUGCACAAGUUUUUACCGCCGACUGUCGAAAUGCGAAAGUCACCUGCGGGUGAAUGUAAAAGUUUCUGAAGAUUUAUUUUUUAGGGUGAAAAGAAAAAUUGUUUUUUAUUUUUAUUGAUCUUGUUUUAUUGAAUUAAGCAGUUUCUUGUUUUAUUUUGUUUUCGAUUGUGUGUCUGUCACAUUUGCCUUUUGUAUUCCAAAUAUUGUGUAUUUGAACCUCUGUCAUUGGAGUAACAUGUACAACUAUCAAUCAAAAAAACUAACAAAAAAAGCUACAAUUUGUUACGUGCAAUACUUUGUAGAAUACUUUUAUUUUUCAUUCUGUUUUUCCAAGAGGUGGUACUAACCUUUGAAGUAAGACAACAUAGCCUGUGAAUUCUUGAAUAAGAACAUUUGAAUCUUCAGGGUCCAGUUAAAUUAAAAUGUGCCACAAAAUGCUCUGCAGUGUGGAACUAAACCAAACUAAACAACUAUUCCAUCAAAGCUAUUGUGGUUUGAAAUGUACUGAGAAUAAAAUGAUUACUAAACUUUUUCACAUCAAACUGAAUUUCUUAGCAAAAUAAAUUUUUUGUGAUAGAC